UUUAUUCAUCAGGUAACCAUAAUAGGAACUAAAGCAAAUUAAUAUAUCAAUAUGCUAUGAAUUUAAUAUGUCAAGUAAACACAGUUGGGCGUAUGAAAAGCGUAGUCACAAAAGAUCAGAUGGUUCAAGUAGAGGAUCAGAAAGAGAAAGAGAUUACAAAAGAGAUGAAUUUAGAAAAGAAAGAGAUCGUAGGAGGAGUCAUCAUGAAAGUCGUGUAAAAAGUGACCGAUAUGAAGAUUAUAAUAGCCGUUACAAAGUUCAUGAUCAGCCAAGAAGAAGUUUAUCACAAGAUGGAAAAAAAGAAAUGUCUAGCAGAAAUAGUUUAAUUGAAUCUGGAUUUAACAAUUCACCUCAGUCAACGCCCUCACCUAGUACAUUACCUUUAGGUCAAAUUUGUGCUAAUAGCUAUUCUCCAUUGGUUUCUAAUUCACCACAGAUAGAAUCCAGAACUUUUGACCCUCGUAUUGUUACAAAAAAAGUUAUUGAAGAAAGCAAGCAAAAUUUUCGACUUCUUAUUGAUCCAGCAAUAAAGAAAGGUCACAUGAAAGUUAUUCGAUAUAAUGGAGUUCUACCUGGGCAACCUCCUGUAAUACCAAAAGAUCCUCGUCGUCACAAAAGUAAAGUCUGGACAAUGGAAGUUUGUGAUCUACCUCUGCCAGACUUAAAGGUUGAUAAAAACUAUGUUGGACCAAUGCCUCAAAAUACUAUUCGGUUUUCUGGAUUAAAUGACAAUAUUGAUCGUAAAUUUUUACAUGAACUCUGUGAAUCUUAUGGAGAUAUUAUUGAAUACAAAGUUUAUUUUGAUCCAAAAACUAAUCGUCAUACUGGUACAGGAAAAGUUAUCUUUGAUGAUAAAACUGAUAUCAAAAAAGUUGUUGAUGCUUUAAAUGGGCGACAGGUUAUGGGAAAAGUUAUUAAAGUUUGGAUUGAAAUAAAACCUCCUCCUGGUUAUGCAAUGUGGUGUCAAUUGGAGAUGGAAUGUCAAAAGAUGCGUUCCACAUUAACCAAUAGUUUUUCAAGACAUACUUCAGAAUCAUCUUAUCAAGCUACUCCUAGAACCCCAAACAUAAGUUCAAUGCACAGAAAUCAACCUAUUGCUAGCUCCUCAAAAAGCAAACAUUCAAAAACUGUUCCUAGCUUUUAUAAAAAUUGUGAAACUCCGCCUCCUCCACCACCUCUACCAAAACAAAACAAAAGUUCUUCGUAUAAUUCACCUGCUUCUAAUCUUUUAAAAUACGAUGAUAUAUCUCCAACAGAAAAUUCAAAAUUCAGUUUUAAAAAUGGGAGGCAUACUCCUAGCGUAGAUUUAAUAAAAAAUAAUUGUAGAUCUCAGUCUCCUUUUAUGAGCCCAGUGACUCAGAAUAAAAAUAUUAUCUCAAAAUCUUAUAGUCCUGUGUCUGACCCUCAAACACCUCAAAGUCCUUUUAAAGAUCUGACACCAUCAGAGUUUUACAAUAAUAAACUUACUGAUAAUUACAAGCCUGAAUCUGUAUCAACUUCCAAAAAAAGUAGCGAUGAUGAAGAUGAUGAUAUGUCUUUAUCUUCAAUUAGUUCAAAUGAAGAUAGGAAAGUCGAAUUGAAUGUUAAAAAUGUUAAACAUUCAAAGUUAUCACGUCCAUUAAUACAUCCUCAUCCGCUAACGCAACUUCAUUCAUUACCGCCCUCUCAUCCGCUACCGCAACCUUGUCUGCUAACACAACCUCAUCCUUUAACGCAAGGAAAUGUUAGUUUAACUGGAACAAUUAGACCCACUCAUAUCUACCAGUAUCCACCAAAUAAUGUUCAAACUCAACUUAAUUAUUAUACUUUACUAGCUCAUCCUUUACAGACUAGACAACAAGGACCUCCGCCCAAUGGACCUCAAAUGGAAUUUUUAGUUCGACAGUCUUCUUUUGUUCCUUUAAAUAGUCAACCUUCAUUUUCACCUUAUCAAAACCCUCAAAUAGUGCGAACUGCUUUGAUACCUAUUGUUCCCUCGAAUCAUAAUAUUCCAAUACAGCAUCAUCAAAUUUCAUUGACUCCGGAUCAUAUACAAAAUGUUUUAUCUGUUGCUGAUUCUACAGCUAACAUACAUAGUACUGGUUCAGUGAGUGAAAAUAUAGUACCACCCGCUAACAUUCCAUAUACUUCUGAUGAACUAUUAUUAGCUUUCCAGGUGAAAACUGGUUGUGCUCGAGAUCUUAGUAUUGAGUUGAAAAGUAUACUUCUUAAAGAUACAUUAAAAAAACUUGUUGAGCAAUCAGCAUUUAGUGCUUUUGAGAAUUGGUGGAGUAAACAAGUCUUGAAUCACAACAAAAACACUGAGGUAUUAUCUGAAACUUCAAGCACCACUACAAGAUCAUUGUCUGAAGAAAAGCAAAAUGCUUUGUUAAAUCAGCAAGAAACUACAAAAGAACCAAGCACAAUAUCUGCUUUGCUUCAAACUCUUUUUGGUUUUGAUAAAAAUAAUGAUAAUAGACCACCAUCUUCUAAUUUUUUAAGUUCAUUUAGAAUUACACGAAAACCACACUUACAGCCAACUUCAUUAAAAUCUUCUCAAGCAACACGUAAAAGAUCAUCAUGGUCAUCAAUUCAUGGUUCUCAUGUCAAACAACGACGAUUAGAAGAGAGUGAAGAUGAGCCAAUGGAUACUGUUUCAGAUGAUGAAGGUGAAGAUGAAGAAAAAAUUGACGAUGAAUUUGAGCAACUUGCGUUGAGACAAAGACAAGUAUGUAGAAGUGGUUCAUCAUUGUACCAGAAGAUUUAUUCAGAUGACAGUGAAGAUGAAAGUGAUGCUGAGUCUAAAAGUGAAAAUGAAGAUAUGGAUGAAAAAAUGUCAUCAGAUUCAUCAUCUAAAUCCUCUACUGAAGAGUCUUCUUCAGAAUUUUCUGAAUCUUCAGAAGAAGAAUAUACUGAAGCUGAACUAACGGAAAACAAAAAGGUUCUUGUUGAAAGUAAAGAAAAAAACAUUAGAAAAAAUCAAAAAUCAUCUACUGCAAAGAAAGACAUUGAAUUAGAUAGUAAAGUCAUGUUUAGAAGUAUGUAUGAUGAGCCACGUAGAAGAAAUGCUAACAAAUAUAUGGAUCAAAAAGCAAGAAACAAAUCUAUCAUUCUGUCUAAACCUGAAAAGGAAUCGUCUGCUUCAAGUACAGAUACAGGAGAUGAGUCAUCUCAUGAAAAUAACAAAGAGUUUAAUACAAUUUCUGACAUUUUGAUAAAAGAAACAGAAAUUCAAACCGAAAAUUUAUUGAAAAAGUUAAUAUGGUUAGAACACAACUACUUCACUAUACCACCUUCACUGUCAUCACCACCAUCAUCACCAUUACCUCAACCAAAGUCAUCUACCACAAACCGAAGAAGUUUUAUGAAUAAAGCUUUGUCAGAAAAUGAACACAAAAAGUUUACUAUGAGAUCUAGCAAAGAUGAAAAACUACUCAUAUGGGAUAUUUUAAAACAAGGAAUUGAUGCAGAAGAUUUAUUAUACCUUAAAGAAGCAUUUGAAAGUUUACAACAGGUUGAUGCAUUUGAAGUAAAAAACUUACGUUGGUGUGAACAUCCUAUUACUAUAACAUCUCCUCAAAAGUAUAAAAGAAAUGAAUCUAAAUUACGCAUCCACAAAAGUGGUUGCGCCCGCACCGAAGGCUUUUAUAAAAUACCUAUAGUAGAAAAGGCUCAAUACCUGAAAAGUGCUCUAAGACAGUUGAAUGCUAAACAUCAAAGUGAUAUUCAAAUGCAACAGAUUUCUGAUCAAGCUGGUACCGAACAUAAAAUAAAAUCAAGACAAAAGCGUGCAGUGCAGAGAAGAUUAGCUUCUUCGAUUGCUCAAGAAGAAUUUAGCAGUCUUAUUAACUACAAUAACAAACUUAUGAGACGCAAAAAAGCAUUGCGCUUUUCAAAGUCCAGUAUACAUAACUGGGGAUUAUUUGCAUGUGAACCAAUUAAUGCAGAUGAGAUGGUAUGCGAAUAUGUAGGUCAAAUGGUACGCUCGAUUGUUGCUGAAAUACGAGAACGAAGGUAUGAGAAACAGGGCAUUGGUAGCAGUUACUUGUUUCGAUUGGACUCUGAUAGCGUUAUCGACGCCACAAAAGAUGGUUGUAAUGCUCGAUUUAUAAACCACUGCUGUGAUCCUAAUUGUUAUGCUAAAGUUAUAUUGGUAGAAGGUGCUAAAAAGAUUGUUAUAUAUUCCAGACGAGCCAUCAAACUAGGAGAAGAAAUAACGUAUGACUAUAAGUUCCCUAUUGAAGAUGAAAAAAUUCCGUGUUUAUGUGGAGCUGCUCUUUGUAGAGGGACGCUUAACUAGAAAUACAGAAAUUUUAAUAAUAGCUACCUUAUAUAAUAAGGUUGUCUUUUUUACAUUAUUUGCUGCAGUUGUUCAAUUGUUGGUAAUUUCGUGUUCUACCUGUGCUAUAUGCAACAAAAAUUGUUGCUAUGCAACAAAACUUUUGUAUUUUUCUUUUUGUUGUAAACAAAAUGUUUAUUAUAAAAAAAUAUUUUAUAAAGAAAUUAUAUAAAACUUAAAAAGUUAA